GUUGCUUCAUCCUACUACUCUUUCACAACAUAUCCAGGAAGGCAACCGACUUCAACGCCAAGCGCACCACUUACGAGAAGACGACCGCAGCCGCCCGCGCUGUCAAGGACAAGAACCAGCCCAAGAAUGAGCGUGGCUGGUACAAGAACGCAUGGCGCAGCCAGUGGGGCAAGAUGUGGGACGGCUACAAGCGCGACCCUGUGCGCUUCACGGCUGGCGAGAAGCAGACGCUGACGGAAGAGGAGGUCGGUCUUUGCAAGGAGCUUGAGUCUUUGCUGCCAAGCCGGGCUUCCGCGAGCGUCAAGGACGCCAAGGUGUCCUACGGUGCCAUCGACGCCGGGGGCCUUCUGGGACCGCUGGCCAAGGCCUUGAGCGGCCUCUCUUCAAAGACCAAGCGCUCCUCUCUGGGGUCCACAGGCGCCGUCGACGUCGCCGCCGCACCCCAGCCCAGCCCGCCCAUGCCCCCGCCCAUGCCCCCGCCCAUGCCCCAGUCCAGCCCAGGCGCCAUCGACAAGCUGGCCGCGGCGGGUGCCGAGCGCGUGAAGGCGCUGGGCGACAAGAAGCGGACGGAUGCGAAGAAGCGCAAGGAUGAGAGGACGGCCGAGGCGCCAGCUAAGAAGCACAAGGGCGAUGAGGUGGUAGCCCCGGCUGCCAAGGCCAAGACCGAUGCCAAGACUGCCGCUGAGGGCAAGGCUGCCAAGGUUCCGGCCGCGAAGGCUGGCAAGGCCGCCAGGGGCAAGGCCGCCAGGGGCAAGUAGACUGCCGAUGCUGGUGCUACAUGGAUUGUACAAUGUUCGGACUAGGCCUAGUACGGCUUAUUCUGGACUUAGCUACCGAGCAUUAGGAUGUUUGGACCCUGUGUAGACCACCUAGCGGUAGUAUGUUUGGACCCUGUGUAGACAUCCACUCCAGCAUGAGCGAGUGAGCAUUUGAGGACUGCUGUGCUGCAUGUGCAUGACAGUGAGACUGUGAUGGGCGACAGAGCGCCUUUGACUGUGAUGCACUUACUGUCAGAUCGUAGUUGCGUGGAAAGCGAGUGAGAUGGUCGGUUCAGGUAAUCCUGAAACAUGUGUGCAGCCAGGGUCCGCCGCAGAUGUGGGAUAGAGGCAGUGUAACGUGCUCUGGAAUGAAGAGUUUCAUGUGUUUCUCCGUGGAUUGUACGGUUCCCCCGUGUUUCUGUUUUCGAAUCGCGUCUCAAGACGCAGUGCGUCUCGUGCAUCGCGUGUGUGUGAGACGCGGCGCGUCUAGGGUAUCAGGCUAGCGUCUGGUGUGACGCAUCGCGUUAGCUAAGACGCGCUCUCCAUGCAAUUGUACCGCGUCACGACUCGCGUUCCAUUGCGUCUCGCAGACGCAGUGAAACGCGCUAUCUGCAAUGGUGCCCCGCUUCA